UAUAAAAAUAAAAAAUUUCCGUCUCGUAUUAUCCUCUCCUCUGUUCGUCCGGCUCUUCGCCCUCGCCGCACGGAAGUUGCAUUUUCCCCGUCGCCGUGUUGCAAAUUUUGGCGAGGCAAGCGCUCCAAUGGCGAUUAGAGUCCCGUCCAUGGAGCUUCACCGCUCCGCGCCGUUACUCCCCGGUGGCCGAGGGAAAACAUGUCUUCAGAAGCCUUUCCUUGUCCAAGCAAAUAGAUCAGGGGGUUUGGAGAAAGCAAAUACGAGAUUACGAGGAACGCAAGGUUCUGGACAACCAAAGAAAAGAGUGCCCCUGACACGUGGGACUGUUAGUGCACCUCUUCCAGUACCAGGCAACAUACCUCGACCUCCUUAUGUUGGUACGAAAGAUGUGCCAGAGAUAUCAAAAGAGAUACAAAUGCAUGACAAAGAGAGCAUUGUCCACAUGAGAGCUGCUUGCGAGCUUGCUGCUCAUGUUCUUGAAUAUGCAGGAACAUUAGUGAAACCCUCUGUAACAACAGACGAAAUUGAUAAAGCAGUGCACAAGAUGAUCAUUGAUGCUGGAGCCUAUCCAUCCCCACUUGGAUAUGGCGGGUUCCCAAAAAGUGUAUGCACAUCAGUGAACGAAUGCAUGUGCCAUGGAAUUCCUGAUUCACGCAAACUACAGGAUGGAGACAUAAUUAACAUUGAUGUCACUGUUUACUUGAAUGGUUAUCAUGGGGACACCUCAAAAACAUUUCUUUGUGGAGAAGUUGAUGAAGCCAGUAAACGACUUGUGAAGAUCACUGAAGAGUGCCUGCUCAGGGGCAUAUCAACCUGCAAACAUGGUACCAGCUUUAAAAAGAUUGGCAGAAGAAUAAGCGAGCAUGCAGAGAGGCACGGAUUUGGUGUUGUGGAGUGUUUUGUUGGGCAUGGAGUUGGCAGAGUUUUUCAUUCCGAACCAAUUAUAUAUCACCAGCGUAACAACAAGCCGGGUCAGAUGGUGGAAGGGCAAACGUUCACAAUAGAGCCGAUCCUAUCCAUGGGAAGCAUCGACUGUGACAUGUGGGACGACGGCUGGACGGCCGUCACGACGGAUGGCAACUUGGCCGCGCAGUUUGAGCACACAAUAUUGAUCACCAGGACCGGAGCUGAAAUUCUCACCAGACGUUAGGAAGAUCAUCUGUGCUUACUACCCAUUGGCCACCUGUAGUGAUCGUUUUGCUGUACAAAAUACGUGAAACUGCAAGGGUAAUCUUAGCCAAAGAUGGCUGCCGGACUUCCGGCGUUGGGCUUC